GCCCAACCUUAUUUUCCAGGCCACUCCGCCCCACAAAUUGGAUUGUGCCUCUUUUUCAGCUCACUCGGCCUGCUGGCUGCUGCUCACUGCUCAGGCCUCAGGCCCUCUACCUCUUCGUCCAACAUCCAAAUCGCCUACUUAGCUAACCCUAGAGAAAGAUGAUUUCCGAAAUCGCGACGCAAAGGGAAAGGGAACUAGGGAAGCUAAGAAAAAAGGAAGAAGGCGACGAGCCAUCGAUUACUCCUCUUCCUCCGACCUCCAGACCUCCACUUCACUGUCGUCUGCCCGACAGUCCGACGCCGACGGGCACAACCUGCGGCUGCGAGGCUGCGUCGUUUUCGGUGUCUCCCCGUCCCGGCCCCGACCUCGUCGACGACCAGAUCGCCGCCUCGGACAAUCCCUCCAACCCAGGCAGGCACCCGCCGUCGCUGAGUCUCCCCAGCCGCCACUGACUCUUCUGCCAUUCUGCGAGCCUGCCACCAGAAGACAGAACAAAAGCACAAAAAUGGA